AUGGCUGCUCCCAACGCAAGCGCAGACGAGCGCUUUGAACUCAUCACUCGCGGCCUUGGCGAGGUACUUGGCGGAGAGAGGAUCAAGGCGAUCUUGGACGAGGGCCGUACACCAAAAUGUUACUGGGGAACUGCUACUACUGGAAGACCGCACAUCGGUUACUUUGUCCCUCUGACGAAACUUGCCGACUUUCUGCGCGCGGGCGUAGAGGUCAAAAUCCUCAUCGCAGAUAUUCAUGCAUUCCUCGACAACUUGAAGGCGCCGUUCGAGUUGAUCGAGAAGCGCUCGAAGUACUACGAGAAAGUCAUCUUCACCGUCUUGAAGUCGCUCGGUAUCCCGACCGAGAAGCUCAUCUUCGUCACUGGCUCGUCGUACCAACUCACUCCCAAGUACACCAUGGACAACUUCCGUCUCUGCGCGACUGUCACUGAGCACGACGCUAAGAAGGCCGGCGCGGAGGUCGUCAAGCAGGUCGAGAGCCCACUACUUUCCGGUUUGAUCUAUCCUGGUAUGCAGGCUCUUGACGAAGAGUACCUCGGUGUCGACUUCCAGUUCGGUGGGAUUGACCAGCGCAAGAUCUUCACAUUCGCUGAGCUCUACCUUCCGCGUCUGGGCUACGCAAAGCGCGCGCACUUGAUGAACAAGAUGGUGCCCGGUCUUACUGGUGGCAAGAUGUCUUCAUCCGAGCCGAACAGCAAGAUCGACUUCCUUGACCCGCCCGAUGUUGUCAAACGCAAGAUCAAGAGCGCGUUCUGUGAGGAGGGCAACGUAGCCGAGAACGGCGUUCUCGCGUUCGCAACUGCAGUGCUGCUACCCAUCUCUUCGAUGCGUCUCGAGCGCGAACAUGGGUUGACGGGCCAGGACGGGUCAGAGGGUUCUGGCUCUAUUGGCACGCAGAGUCUUCGUCCAUUUGUCGGUCCCGGUGCACCUGAGGGUACCAUAUUCACCGUCGAGCGGCCCGAGAAGUUCGGCGGCCCGAUGCACUUCCCGAGCGCACAAGCACUUGAGGAUUCAUUUGCCGCGCGCGAGUUGCACCCAGGCGAUCUGAAGAAGGCCGUUGAGGCGGCUCUUGUCAGUCUGCUCGAGCCGAUCCAGGCAGCGUAUCAGGCGGACGCGGAGUGGCAGGAACUCGUCAAGGCUGCCUACCCUGAAGAGCAGAAGCCGGUGAAGAAGGCGAAAAAGGAGAAAGUCUACCACCCACCGCCACCUGGCAAGGGCAAGAACACCGCUAAACCCGCCGAGCAGCCCACGCCAGCCGCGGCUGCACCCGCAAGCACCACCGAAGCCGCACAAAGCGGCGACGCGGUUGACCAGGCAGCGAUCCAGGUCGCGAAAGAAGACGCGACUAGCGCAUAA